UUGGCCAUUUCCACAGAGAUGACCAGUGGCCUGCUCUGCCUUUCCCUCUCUUCCCAGGUCCCCCAGGCCAUGGAUACGCCCCGAGCGGCCAAGGCACAGUGUCCCUGGCGUCCAUGCCUCACAGGCCUGCUGCUGCAGCUGCUGUUGGCUCUCUGCUUUUUCUCCUACAUCCGAGUGUCCUACGACCAAACCAGGCCCCCAACUCCUGGUAGCUCCCCAGGACCAGCCUCCACCCCAGCCACCCCUGUCCCCAGGCCCCUCCUCAUCUUACUGUGGACAUGGCCCUUCCACAAUCCAGUGGCUCUGUCCCCCUGCUCUGAGAUGCUCCCAGGCACGGCCGAUUGCCAGCUGACCACCAACCGGGACCUGUACGCCCAAGCAGAUGCCGUCAUCAUCCACCACCGCGAAGUCAGCGCCAAUCCCAGGUCACAGCUGCCACUUCAGCCAAGGCCACCAGGCCAGCGCUGGGUGUGGUUCAGCCUGGAGUCACCCAGCCACUGUAGCCGGUUGUCAGACCUGGACGGUCACUUCAACCUCACCAUGUCCUAUCGCGCUGACUCUGACAUCUUCACGCCCUAUGGCUGGCUGGAGCCGUGGCCAGAGCCUCCAGUCCAAACCCAGGUCAACCUGUCUGUCAAGACUGACCUGGUGGCCUGGGCUGUGUCCAACUGGAACUCCAAGUCGGCUCGGGUGCUGUACUACCAGAACCUUCAGAGUCACCUCCAUGUGGACGUGUAUGGCCGAGGUCACAUGCCGCUUCCCCAAGGGGACAUGAUGGAGACACUGGCCAGGUACAAGUUUUACCUGGCAUUCGAAAAUUCCCUCCACCCAGAUUACAUCACAGAGAAGCUGUGGAGGAAUGCUCUGGAAGCCUGGGCUGUGCCUGUGGUCCUGGGGCCCAGCAGGAAGAACUAUGAACGCUUCCUGCCCCCUGACGCCUUCAUCCAUGUGGAUGAUUUCCAGAGCCCAAAGGACCUGGCUCAGUACCUGCAGGAGCUAGACAGAGAUAGCCUGAGGUACCAGCGUUACUUCCGCUGGAGGAAGAUGCUCAGGCCUCGCUUUUUAAGCAUGUCCCUUGCCUUCUGCAAGGCAUGCAGGCAGCUGCAAUGGGACCAGAGGUACCAGACAGUCUCCAGUGUGGCCUCUUGGUUCCAGUGAGGUUGCUGGCCAGGGUCCUUCGGUCAGUGUCCUACCAAAAGUCAUCAUCUGUAGCCCCUGGGUGACAGACACCUUGUGCUGGCUUGUUUUAUUUCAACUUGAUACAAGCUAGAGUUAUGUGGGUUGAUGGAGCCACAGUUGAGACAAUGUCCCCAUCAGAUUGGCCUGUGGUACGUUUUCUUAAUUAGUGAUUGAUGGGGAGGGCCCAGUCCACUGUGGGUGGUGCCAUCCCUGGGCUGCUGGUCCUGAAUUCUAUAAGAAAGUAGGUUGAGCAAGCCAUGGGGAGCAAGCCAGUAAGCAGCACCCUUCCAUGGCCUUUCCAUCAGAUCCUGUCUCCAGGUUCCUCCCCUGACUCCCUGGAUGAUGGAGUGUAACUGAGCCAUGUAAGCUGAAAUAAAACCUUUCCUACAAAGUUGCUUACCCAUCACGGCAUUUUAUCACAGCCAUAGAAACUCUAAGACAUACCUGCUUUACCUGCUCCCAGCAAACUCUGAUCUGGGUCACUGACUCCCCAGGGUCAUCCCCCCUGCCAGUGGUGGCUGGCUGGUCCUCCUCAGGUGCUUUUGAUACUUAUCACACAACUAUCCCUGUGGAUGUGGGAGUGUGAUACUAUCACCAAUGUCCAGAUGGGAGCAUUGGAAUAGCUAUCACCAAUGUCCAGAUGGGAGCAUUGGAAUAGCUAUCACCAAUGUCCAGAUGGGAGCAUUGGAAUAGCUAUCACCAAUGUCCAGAUGGGAGCAUUGGAAUAACUGACCUGAGACUUUAUUCUAUGAAUCUCAUGCAGAGUGACUGUGUCCUUCCCCUGGGGAUGCUCAGACAAUAUCUGGCGACAUCUGUGGUUGUCACUCUGGAGGAAAGGGGACUGAGAACCAUCCCAGGACAUUGUAAACACUAUUACACCCAUGUAAAAUGUCAUGCAUGGCAGCGUAUGACUGAAACCCCUCUGCUGGCAGCUGGAGACAAGGGGGUCCCAGGACCUGCUGUUGUAGUCAGUCUUGCUGCGUAGGCAGCUGAGGGUCAGUGAGAGACCCUGCUUCAAAACACAUGGUGGAGAGCGACCUCAGAGGACUGCCAGCCUCCAGCCUCUGCCUAUGCUCUCCAUGUCUGCAUACAUGCAUAGGACCGGUCAGUCAGCUGCCAGCUUUGCUGUCUCUCAGAGCUGAUGUCCCCUGGGGUAAAUCCCAGGAAGAUGAGUAGGUCAGGCUGAGAUGGCAUGGGUGAGGGAAAGGCUGCCUGGCACACUAGGUGGGCUACUUGGCCAAGGUGUUUGGGCAGGAAAGCAGGUGAGUGUUGAAGGCCAGUCCGAUGUCCACCUCGGGGAGGAAGUGCACAGGACUGUGGAGAACUGGGUGCCCAACUGGGAGUGAUGGUGCAAUGCCUGCUGUCAGCACCUGGGAGGUCGAGGAAGGACAAUGAGGACUUCAAGGCCUCCCUCCUCUACAUAGAGAGUUGGAGGCAAUCCUGGGUUCCUGGAGACCAUCGGCAAUAACAACACAAAGGGGGAGUGGGUGUGAUCAGAAGCCUCAGCCUUGUGGGUGGCCCUGUGUGGCUCCAGAGCCUGGGUGCAGAGCUGAGGCUGUGGGAGACACUCUGUUUACGUUUCCAUCUCCUGGUAGGUUCCACCCGGCUCUGCGGCUGGCAUGUUGGAAGUGGGUGGGAGACAGGAGGCCAAGGUCCCCGCAGGCCUGGGUGGGAGGCUGUUUUCCUGAGCAUGGGGACACACGCCCUCCUGGGCAAGGGAGCCUGGGGAGCACAGCUUUGGACUCCCAGACCAGCUCUGAGGUUCCAUGGUCUGACCACACUGGGGAAACUGAGGCCAGGAACAAUCACUAACAGUUACUGGGUUCCACAGCAUGUGGGGGUUCCAGCCUUUGGGCCACCUUUGGCUGAUUCAGAUGGAACGGAGUGGGAAAUCCAUCUCCUCACUCCUUGUGUCUCAAGAAGCUGAGAGGCUGGACAGGGCUCUGGGGCAGGGGUCUGGUCCCAAGCCCUCUCCCACAGAGAACACCACAGGCUGGGGCAGCGCCACAUCCUGCAGGGCGCCCAGGAGGUCUUGCUGAGCUGAUCUGGGUGAAGAGGGAUGCCCUUGGGAGCCCCCACUCUGGGUCACUGGGGCAGGGGUGCAUUUGUCUUCAGUCUACUGACCAUUGGGAAAGCUGGACAGGGACAGACACCCCUACUCCCCAACCCAAGUGUCUGCAGAUGCCAGGGUCAUAGCAAGUUGUGAUUAAAGUGACCUUGCCCUUUGCUGGGCAGCAAUUUCCUCCCAGAUAAAACGUUCCAUCCUACAGAGAGGCUCCUUAAGCUGGAAAGUAAACAAAACAGCUUCAGGAAGUCCCUGAAACCAACCAGUUUCACUAGGCCCCUUCUUGCCAGAGUGAGCAAUAAAAACAGAGGGUCCCCUCAGGAAGCCCAGCUGCUUGGAAGAGGCUCUGACCAGCUGAGGCACCUGGCAGUCUCUAGUCUGUCCUGUGUCCUGCAGGCUGUGCAGUACACUCCAGAUUCCCAGCUCUGUGAGCCAUCACCCAUGCUGGUGUGGGCCUUGGUGACGCAGCUGUCUCCCCUCACCCAUAUGCCUGUCAGUGACCCCAGGAAAACUCACAGUUCACCAAGUGGGACUUGGGUGGUGUCUGUACUUUGGCCUGCUGUGGAUUCUCUACUGAGGUGAGUGGACGUGUGUGUUGUGUGUCCCCAGGAAAAGUCUUUCUUUCACACAACAUUGGCACCAGAAGAGGGCCACCGCAGAAUCAAGGACGAGUUGGGGAGUGCAUAGUCCAGGCUGUGGGUGGCAAGGCAUGCUACUGAGGCCAUCAGCCUGAGUGGCGGACACCGCAGAGGAGACUCCAGUAGGGCCGUUCUCCCCUGAGUGCUGUGGGGUGACUAUGUAGGUAGUAAGUCGUGGAACUGCGGCUGAGCCUUCAGGAUCAGGAGUGUCCUUGGGUGGAAUCCCAGCAGGCAGUCUCCCUCUGUGUGGUAUGUGGUGGUAUACCUACUUGAUGAGUAGGGUCCUCCACAGGAAUACAGAGAUGCCCUGAAGACACUUACAGCUUUAGAGACCAUUUUGUAGUCUUUAAGAUUAGCACACGGGCGGUGGUGGCGCACGCCUUUAAUCCCAGCACUCGCGAGGCAGAGGCCGGCGGAUCUCUGUGAGUUCGAGGCCAGCCUGGGCUACCAAGUGAGUGCCAGGAAAGGCGCAAAGCUACACAGAGAAACCCUGU